AUGGCCAUCAUUGGAGCCAAAGAACAUCAUGUCGACCCCCAGCUAUCGCAAAUUGCGCAGAAUGACAAGACGAUCUGGUACAAGAAGCCUAACCUGCGGUUCCUCUAUCUCAUUCUCAUCCCAACCGGGCUUGGAGUCGAGUGGACCUCGGGCUUCGAUUCUUCCAUGAUGAAUAGUCUUCAAGCGGUUUCGUCUUGGUUUGAAUACUUUGGCCGUCCCAAUUCUUCAAGACUUGGCCUUCUCAGUGCAAUCUACUCUCUCGGCGCUCUGAUGGCCAUCCCAUUCGUCCCUUACUUCAGUCAGCGUCUUGGUCGUCGACGAACUAUCCUGAUGGGAUCAUGGAUCAUGGUUCUGGGUGCUGGGCUCCAAGCUGGAUCCAGGAAUGUCGAUAUGUUCUUGGCCUCGCGAUGGAUUUUAGGAUUUGGUAUCCCCUUUGCCAUCAUUAACGCCUCCUCACUCAUCGGCGAGCUUUCCUAUGCCAAGGAGCGCCCAAUUAUGACUAGCGGCUGUCAAAUUGUCUUCAUGCCUUUCUGCCCGGAAUCGCCCCGCUGGCUGAUAUCUAAAGACCGUGGCGACGAGGCAUUCGCAAUUCUCAGCAAGUACCACAGUGAAGGAGAGAACGGCGAUGAGUUUGUCCGUCUCGAGUACGCUCAGAUCAUGUCCACUAUCCAGCAAGAGAAAGAGGUCGCCAGUAAAUUCCUCUGGGCCGAUGUUUUCCGCGAUGCUGCCAUGCGACGUCGAUUCAUGUUGGCUGGAAUUAUGGGCUUCUUUACACAAUGGUCUGGUAACGGAUUGAUUUCUUUCUACAUGAAAAAGAUUCUCAACCUUGUCGGUAUCACGGACAACCACACUGUGCAAAAGUUCAUUCUGGGCAAUACGUGCUGGGUCUUCAUCUUCGUUUACUCGCCAUUCUACAAUAUUGGCUGGAAUGCUCUUGCCUACACCUAUCUCGUGGAGCUUUUCCCAUUCAGCCAAAGAGCAAAGGGAAUCGCCGUCGAGCAACUUACCGUCCGCUUUGCCGUUUUCUUCAAUACCUACGUCAACCCAAUCGCGCUCGACUCUAUCGGAUGGAAGUACUAUAUUGUCUACUGUGUGUGGAUUUUGGUAGAGAUUUUGACGGUUUACAUGAUUUUCCCCGAGACUCAAGGCCGCACCCUUGAAGAGCUCAGUUUCAUGUUCGAGGGCAAAGAUGUGCAGGACAAAGUUCAGAAAAACGCUCAGAAGGUGCUCCAAGUCGAGCUUGAGGAUAUUCACGAGCGACCCGCCUCGCGUGAAUCACGGGAUGUGGCUGGAAACACGAAGGUGUGA